AUGCCGCACAAUGAAUUAAUCCUCAGCCAGCUGGUCUUCGCCAACCUGAUGGUGAUGCUGUGCCAGGGCAUUCCCCAGGCUCUGACUGCUGUGGGCAUCGAAGUGCUCUUUGGUGAGUACGUCUGCAGAGCAAUCAUCUUUGCCUACCGCGUUGGCCGUGGCAUGUCUAUCACCACAACCUCCCUGCUGAGCUCCUACCAGUGCGUGGUCAUUGCCCCGCCCACUUCUGGUUGGACCUGGCUGAAACGCUGGGUCCCUGGCCACCUCCCCCAUGCAAUAGUCUUCCUCUACGGCCUCAACAUGAUCCUCCACUCCACCGCCAUUCUCUUUACCCACGCUGUUCCGACCAACGGCUCAAUCCCAGAAUACACCAUUCACCUGAAGUUCUGCAUCGUGGUGUUCCCAGGCUACACAGUUUACUGGGUCUGUGGUGCCGUGAACAGCGUCCGAGACUUCGUCUUUGUCGGCCUGAUGGCGGCGGCGGCAGUGUACGUGAUGCUGGUCCUGCAUCGGCAUCGUCGUCAGGUUCAGGGCCUGCAGGGGGCCGGCCAGAAGACGGAGGAGGCAUCGCGUGCCGUCCUGCUGCUCGUGAGCAUGUAUGUGGUGCUGUUCGGUCUGGACAACGUGCUGUGGGUCUACACAUUCUGUGUCUCCCGCGUGCCCCCGGCUGUCUCCGACGCACGCGUCUUCUUCGCCUCCUGCUACUCCGCCUUCAGUCCUGUGCUCAUCGUCGCCACCAACAAGAAGCUGGCCACGUACUUUCAGUGUGGCUCCAAACUCAAGGCAAGCAAAAAGCAGACGAAUGGCUGA